AGGGAGGCGCCCCGCUCCGCCGAUCGCUCGGUCCUCCAAACGCGCGCCGGGCGCUUUCCCCGGAGCUCUGCUGUGCUUGCGAGCGCCCUUUUGCAGCAGCCGCCGCGGCGGCUGCCCGAGGGGGCGGAAAGGAGGGGGCCGCGGUCGGCCGGCCGGGGGGCGGCGUCCUCCCUCAAAACCGCCUGCAAAGUGCUCGAGGAGGCAGAAGCAGGCCGCCGGCUCCACGGAGCAAGCUGCUUGCUCGGGGGUUGGGAGAGCGGACAGGGUUGGUUGGCAGUGCCUCGGUUGCUGGCGGGCGCCGGUGCCCUCGGCGCGGGGCUUGGGCUAACCAUGCCCCUGCGGGGCCUGGCCACCGGGCACAAGCGGAUCCCAGGCUUGCCCCCGCCUCGACGCGCUCGGAUUAGCUGCAGCUGGCGCCCAGGGAUUUGAAUCUGGACCUCGGGAGGGAGCACGCCUAGGCCGACCUCGGAGCGGCGGCCCCGCGGCCAACAUGCUUCGCAAAGUGUCUCCCCUCAGAAUGGAGGCCCCAUGAGGGAAGGAGUCACUCCUACUGUUGCAGAGCUGAGCACAGAGUCUACCUCUCAUGGGAACAAAGGAGAUAUGAGGGUGCUGUGUGGAAUUGCUGCUGCUGCUGCUGGCCGGGGAGCUGCCCCUGGGUGGCAGCUGCCCACGGGACUGUGUGUGCUACCCAGCGCCUAUGACUGUGAGCUGCCAGGCACACAACUUUGCUGCCAUCCCAGAGGGCAUUCCAGAGAACAGCGAGCGCAUCUUUCUACAGAACAACCGAAUCACCCUCCUCCAACAGGGCCACUUCAGCCCCGCCAUGGUCACCUUGUGGAUCUACUCCAACAACAUCACCUUCAUUGACCCCAACACCUUUGAGGGCUUUGUGCACCUGGAGGAGCUGGACCUCGGGGACAACCGGCAGCUGCGGAUGCUGGCACCCGAGACCUUCCAGGGCCUGGUGAAACUUCAUGCCCUCUACCUCUAUAAGUGCGGACUGAGUGCCCUGCCAGCGGGCAUCUUCAGUGGACUGCACAGCCUGCAGUACCUCUACCUGCAGGACAACCACAUUGAGUACCUCCAGGAUGACAUCUUUGUGGACCUGGUCAACCUCAGCCACUUGUUUCUCCAUGGCAACAAGCUGUGGAGCCUGGGCCAGGGCACCUUCCGGGGUCUGGUGAACCUGGACCGGCUGUUGCUGCAUGAGAACCAGCUGCAGUGGGUCCACCACAAGGCUUUCCACGACCUCCACAGGCUGACCACCCUCUUCCUCUUCAACAACAGCCUCUCGGAGCUGCAAGGUGACUGCCUGGCCCCGCUGGCGGCCCUGGAGUUCCUUCGCCUCAAUGGGAAUGCCUGGGACUGUGGCUGCCGGGCCCGAUCCCUGUGGGAAUGGCUACGGAGGUUCCGCGGCUCCAGCUCUGCGGUCCCCUGUGCAUCCCCCGAGCUGCGGCAAGGCCAGGACCUGAAGCUUCUGAGAGCCGAGGACUUCCGGAACUGCACAGGGCCAGCAUCCCCGCACCAGAUCAAGUCACACACGCUCACCACCACUGACCGGGCUGCCCGCAAAGAACACCACUUGCCCCACGGCCCCAGGGACAGGGGCCACCCCCAUGGCCAUCUGCCUGGCUCCAGGUCAGGUUACAAGAAGUCAGGCAAGAACUGUACCAGCCACAGGAACCGCAACCAGAUCUCUAAAUUGGGCAGCGGGAGAGAGCCCCAUGAGCUACAGGACUAUGCCCCUGACCACCUGCACAAGUUCAGCUUUGACGUCAUGCCCACGGCACGGCCCAAGAGGAAGGGCAAGUGUGCCCGCAGGACCCCCAUCCGUGCCCCCAGCGGGGUGCAGCAGGCCUCCUCAGGCACUUCCCUAGGGGCUUCACUCCUGGCCUGGAUACUGGGGCUGAUGGUUACUCUCCGCUGAAGACCUACAGCACCAGCACCCAGCGCUGCCACAUGUUCAACAAGGAACAGAGUUUUUUUCUUCUUUUUUUUAUAAGUGAAGGAUCUGCUGGGUUUCAGGAAAAGGCUGAUGGAGCCUUCAGCUGCUGUCCGGACCCUACCCAGUGGAUUAUAAGCCCAAGUGUACAGCCCUACGUGGGAGGGCAUUAGCACAUUUCACCCAGUCGUCCCAGCCAGCCCCCGCUGAGCAUCCAUGGACAGUGUCCACUUCGGCAUGGUGGUUAAAGGCACAUGAAGUCAAUACUUCAUGGUGGGACAGGUGCCCCUUCCAGGAGCUGGGCUUUGUGGAAUCCUGAUCAUCUAGAGAGAUCUAAGGGGCUGACAUUCCUAGAGGAAGCAGGACUCAGAACACACAAGGCUUACCCAGAGCUGUCUGGGUCGACCAGAAGUUUGGGAACACUCAGAGCAGGUGGUAUCUUGGCCCUUGCCUGAGGCCAUUUAGUCAACUUAUCCUGAAUCCAAAUCUAUGCCACCUUCAGUUCCUCCCUUGGGGAAUGCCUCUCAUUCCUGAUGUCUCAGGCAACCCUGGCAGACCCAGACCCAACUGCUGGGGUCCAAGAACCAAUUACCAAAGGAAAGAUCAUCAGAGGCUGAAAUUUAGAACUUCGUCACAUGCAAUGAGAUUCUCACAGAAGGUGCAGUUUUAUACCUAU